UCAAAUAAAUAAAUACACAACUUAUCUUAACUUUUGUAAACAGUAAUUUAUUAUGAACGCUUCAAAUCUGGAAUCUGAGCCUCUGGGCGAAGAGGAGGAAUUGGACAACGAGCCAGACAUAUCCUUCCCUCGUGAUAUAAUCAGCGUAGAACACUCUUUCGGUUACGAUUGUAAGAAACUUUUUAACUUGGUACUCGUGGAUCCGGAUACUCUGGUCUUCAGUUCAGGAAAUUUCCUAAACUACUUCAGUAUUUCGCGUCAAGAAAUUACUUUCCAGGAAACGAUCUACGGCUGCGGUAUAGGGUUUAUCACGAAAAACGAACAUCCGGAUUACACCAACCUCUUUACCGUGGGCGAGAAUGGACCAUGUCCCACCAUCUUUAUCUACGAGUAUCCCUCACUUGAUGUUCGAGUGAAGCUCCUGAAUGCAGCGCAGAGUUGUUUUACGGCUGGCUCUUAUAAUAAAACCGGCGAGUUGUUCGCCUCGCAGGCCGGCUAUCCAGAUUUCAUCAUAACCAUUUGGCGUUGGGAGAAAGCCGAGGUGGUUUUGCGCGCCAAAUCCUUCCAGAGCGACAUCCUCUUUGUGCACUUUUCGGAGCACAAUCCAAUAUUGCUUUGCUCCUCAGGACUCAGUCACAUCAAGUUCUGGAAGAUGGCCAAUACAUUUACAGGUUUGAAAUUAAAAGGUGAUCUAGGAAGGUUUGGCAAGACGGACUUUAGUGAUAUAUAUGCUAUGUACAUGCUGGCGGAUGAGAAUGUAAUCUCUGGUAGCGACUGGGGCAACAUGCUGCUGUGGCAGGCGGGUCUAAUUAAGUUCGAGAUCUGCCGGAAAGGUCGAAAGCCCUGCCACACGAAACCGAUAACCAGAAUCACAAUGAAGAACGGUGAAGUGACCACGGUAGGCAUGGAUGGAUAUGUGCGAGUUUGGUACUGGGAGACGGUAGACUUGGCUGAUCCCCCUGAAGACGAUUUGUUUGUGGAGAUCGAUCCAAUCUAUGAGUUCAAAAUCGCUGACGUGGAGCUACGCUGCAUGCAGAAGAUUAAUCCUUUCGACGAGACGGACUUCACCCACUACGCCCAAGAUGGAAACGGUGGGAUUUGGUUUUGUGACAUUAACACCUACGAUGUUCCCCAGAAUCCAAGAAAACUUUACUCUUGCGUUGGCGGUAAAGUACUAAGUUCACAAAUGUCCCCCGUUUCGCCACAUUUUCUUUGCAUGUCGGAGAGCGGAAAAUUGUUUGUUUAUCAGUACGAGGAUCAACGCCUACUCCUGGAAAAGCAGUUCCCGGCAGAAGGAGUCGAUUUCAUUUGGUUAGAUACGCAGAUCUCCGUAAAAGGAACUGAAAUAGUUGCUGUCUUCAAGGAUGGUAUUCUUCGGCAGAUGUAUUUGGAUCUCAGCGAUCAGGAAAGACCUACUAUGGCGCGGGUGAGAGCUUUCAAGGCGCACACAUCGCCAAUUACUGCACUAACAGUUAGUCGGAACAGCUCACUGCUGCUUACUGGCAGCGCCGACAUGAGCAUAUUUAUCUACCAGUUGAGCUUGGAUGAAAAACAAUUAGUAGACAUGCAUCCACUUGGAUUUGUGCAGUUCGCGGGGAUCCCGAACUGCUUCUGCUGGCAUGAUACAGAACCCACUGUGGUCCUGGUGGGUUGUAAAAGUGGUGAUUUGUACGAGUAUAAUAUUCGUACCGCAGUCCCCGCAGAUGAGACCUAUUUAUCCUACAACAUCACUGAGAAAUCUCGCAUGCGUCAUACGAGGUUUGUUUCCAUCAAAAGUCGCAUCCGACGGGAAAUCAAUAGGGAAAACACAAAAAAACGUAAGGAACGUAAACGGGAACGCAAGAUGGAUGAAGUGGAAAAGCUGAAGAAGGCCAACCCUGGCCUGCAAAUCGACAUGGAAUCUGCUCUAGCUGACUCUGAACCUGAUGAGGAGGAAGAGCCGCUUCACAUCCCUGCCGUGCCAAAUGCCAUAAUUUGGCUGCGGUACACGAUAAGGGAUACUAUCUGGGUAUCCAUGGCAGGCUACGAUGCGGGUUAUAUCUAUGAACUGGAGUUCGAUGCUCCGGAGCCCACUCGCGCUACUAUAAUAGCGGAUGGUGAUGAUAUAGAGAUACAGUCCUACUGUAUUAUUGAGGAUUUUCUAAUCUUUGGCCUUAUUAAUGGGCGCCUUCGAAUAAAUCGCAUCAAUCCGGACAAUUUUACAGACCUCUCCGAGUACCGCAUCUAUCCAAUGCAUGAUUCUUUGAAGGGCACCAUUCCCAAAAUCGAGACCAGCUUUUCUGGCGAGCACUUGCUCACCAUUGGCUAUGAUGGUAAUAUUUUCCUUCAUAAGUGGAACGGAGUGCAAAUAGCUAAGAACAAGCGGCGAGAUAAGCUACCACCUUUGCCUGAGGAAGUAAGCCAAGUUGCUGAAAUUGAAACAGAUGCUCCAUCCUUGGAACAGGAAAAGAUCAAUGCAGAGCUGCGACGCCAACAGGAAGCAGCUGAGGCGCAUGAUCGAGAUGUUCUUAACAAAAUCGGAUUGCUUCAGAACGUGUACUUCGACAUAAUCAAAGUCAACGAAGACCUUCCUGUGGGUCUGAGGGUGAAAGACACAGAUUUGCUGCUGGACAACCGCAUUACGAAACAGAUUCGAGAUGAGUUACAGGCGGAGUUGGAUGAUGUCCGAGAGGAUCUGGCGUACGACUUGGAAUUCGCCCAGGUGGGGCAUUCGAAGCUAUACAACCAUUUUCUUAAGGAUCUCGUUCAAGUCCCUUUUACCGUCAAUUCCUUACGUGCUAAAGUACCGGGUGUGUCCACAUUUCGUCUACAGGCUUUGGGCGAGGAACAUGCCCAGAUUAAACGUGAUAUAGAGGAGCGUCUGAAACAAGAGCACGAUAUGGGACUUCAUGACCUUGUCGUCGCCGAAAGAUCAGACGAAUCGAUUGGUGAACCCCCACCGGAAUCGUUCUUCUUCGGGCGUGAUCCGAAGAGCAUUGAGCCCCGUUUUAGCAGAAAGAUGAUGCGACUCCUGGUCCGUUACCGGAAGCGUCAGCUUUUUGAGGUGCGUCGCAUCUUUGACUGGGACAAACUGGAACGACAGAAGCCGGACCCCAAUCGUAACCAUCCGGAUGACGAUGCCCAGAUCGAGGAUGCAAAGCGCAACCUGGGUGAUUUCAAGCUCAAGAUCGGAGCCGACUACGAACCGAAGUCCACGGAGACUCUUACCCAGAAAUACAUAGAAGUCGUAGACUGCCGUGAACAAUUUUUUGCAAUGGUGGACGCCUUUAACCAGAUGGUUCUGGAGCUACGUGAACGUAAGGGUGAACUGGAGCAGUUUAUCAACGCCAAGAGGAAUAGGCUUAAUGUGAUUCAUAGCUAUCUACCCGAGCCGGAUCGCCAGCCCUUGGAACCGAUCUAUGAAACGGACAUGGACCUAGAGUACCCAGAACUAAAUCUAAUCGAGCACUAUACGCCCGGCUGUGGUGUGGAAAUUGACGAUAUCCUCACGCUAGAGAACACUGUGGAUCAGGUGAUCGCCAUGCAAGCUCCUAAUAGGUCUGUGACCAAUAUUAGCAUAUUGAGUAUGAACGCAUUGGACGUGCCCGAACUGCACGAGUUUUCUGCCUUCACAAUGCUCCAGAUUUCGAGAUUAAAGAAAAGUCUUCCCAAUGCAGAGCUGACCGAGGUACUGCUAAAACUGCCGCCCAUAAGUGAUCCGGCCCACUACGAGAUGAAUGAGGACGGCGAAGUGCCAUUAAUGACGGAGACACGCCAUCGCUGGCUUCGUCGGCUCCUUGUAGAGCAGGCUGCGAUCCGGACAGAGGUGGACGAGGAAAUAAAACAAUUUGACAAAGCACUGACAAAACUGCAGGUGCGACGCUUCCACGUCAAACUGGACGCAGAGUUCAUGACUGCAUACAUGAACAGCCUUAAUCAGGAGCUGUUUAUUCUCCGCGACAGCGAGGAGAUAGAGACGCAGCUGCUCCUAAACGCUAAGAUGGCAAUGAGCACAAGGAACGACCUACAAGUGGUAAUCAAUUCCACAAACAGGCAGUUGGACGAUCUAAGGCGGAACAUAGACAAGCUGGGCGAGCAGAUCACAGCAGUUCAAGUACUCUUCUCGACCACGGUUAAGGGCCACAAGUUUUUCGACUUCCUGCGACGCAUCUUUAAGAAAAAGUGGCGCCCACCAAAGGUAGCAAGGGGGGAUGACGAAUCGUCCUCUUCAUCCUCCUCGUCUUCGUCCUCAAGCGAGGACGAACAGGCUGACAACAAGAGUCUUGAUUCAAUGGAUAUGACCACCAUCCGUCUAGACGAAGCCACCUGUCCCUCGGGGUUAGAUCGAUCUCUUUACGAUCUAGCCUUUUCCAUGCGAUCCGAUCGCCACGAACUGGAGCGAAAUGUACGGGAUCUUCAGCGGGACGUGGAGAACAAGCGAAAAGAGAUCGCCGAGAUGCAGAUCAAGAUGAAGUACCACGAGGAAGUAUACCAACGCGAGAAGAAUGCCCUGCUGCAGUUUCGGCGCAAUCGCCAGCAGGAAGUAAACAAGGUUCAAAUUAGUGCAGUCCUGCGAAUGGACCAACUGCAGCAUUUUUAUGAGGGCACCGACUACCGCGACCUAUCUAAGGCCGUUCUUUUUGACGCUGACAUGCUAGUGGAUCUGCGCCGCCGGGCGGAUCAAUUAAGUGAGGAGACGCUGGCCACCAAGCGCUGGCAUCGCAUAAACUUUAUCCACUUGAGGCGCAUGAACACGGACAUAAAAUUCAUGAGAUUCGAAAUAACGCGACUGGAAGAGGAGAUCCGUCAGGCCAUGAUGAAGAAAUUUGGCAUAAUUGUUAAUCUGGACGAAUUGGAGGAGGAGGUGCUAAGGCGCUACAUCUUUGACUUGGAAACCAACGCUGAGGAUGAGCUGAUGGCCCUCGAAAAGGAGCUGUUAGAGAAACAGAAAGAGCUCUCCCGGUGUGAGGAGGAACUGGUACUGGAAACACAGAACAAUACCGAAAAGGUCAACAUAAUGACCGUGCUUCGUGAAGAGAACAAUAUCCUUCGAACUUUGUUAGACAUUCAGAGCCGCAACUAUGCUAAGUGGAGCAAUCCGAAUGCACUUAAUCUUUCCUAUGAUAUUGAGAAACUCAGGGGCAUUGAGAAAUCCUUGCUGGAGCAGAUAGAAUGCCUGGAGCGGGAGAUUUGCGCCCUAAGACUAAAAUCCAAACCACUGCAGAUCAAUUAUGAAUUCGAAUUGGAUCCCAACGCUCAGCCACAGGUGGCCAGCGAAAUUUUGCCCAACGACGAUGUAAUGGUGUGCCCGGCAAUUCUCAACGUGGAUGCCUACAUGUUGCCACCCAUGCCCGAUGAGUUUAUAAUGGAUCGCGUGCAAACGAUUGUUCAGAAGAGUUUUAAUCGGUUUUUUGGGAAAAGCACUACCCCUGAAAAUGUGCGCAAGUUCGCCCUAAGAUCUUCGCUCUAUUUGUGCCAAGCUGCCUAUAGUUUCCAGGGUCGCUAUACGGAUCGUAUUGCGGAGUGCAUAACGGAUCAUUUGCAGACUAUUGUCCCCAAGAAGUACUUCAUCCACAUUAGCGGUGAGGAACUUCGCAAACUAUUCAACGAGGUGGUAGCCGUGUUUGACUAUGAACGUUCUGAUGUGAACACGGAGGAACUGAUAUCUGGAAUCUUCGAUCAUGCCAAGGAUUCUCUGUGCGCUCAUAUCAACCUGGGCGAUUCUGAAGUUGUAAACCGCACCCACUUCAUUGUGGCACACAUGUUCAAGGAGUUGAUUGAGGUUCUACCGUUGGAGGAGUUCCAGUCCGACGAGACCCUUCGCAUGAUUGUGGACGUGCUGGAGCGUGAACCCAUGGUGGAUCCACGAGCCAUCGCCGUGGAACAGCUCAUCCAGAGCACACUGCAGCACGCAAAUGAGAAUCUGCUUGACGGGAUCACAGCGAUUCCAGUUCGCAAACUGGGCAGUUCCAUCCAAAGAGACCUAAUCAAAAGGCGCCAAUAUAAACAACCCAGCUGCGAGUCUCCAAUGUCAGUGCGAAUCGCCACGAAAAAGCCAGGACAAAGCACGGGGUUGCCCUUCUAGCCUCGGCCUUUCCUGGGUGGUUCGGCCUUUAAGAAAUUCAUGUUGUUGCAAAAAAAAAUAUUUGGAAUUUUUAUUUAGACAAAGUAGAUCUUAUUUAGAUUUGUAAAAAGUAACUGAAAACCACUUCUGUUAAAAUUUAUACUACAUAUUAAAUAUAGUUUUAACAGUC